AUGGUGUGCCUAAAACGAAUAGCAGUGAUGUGUCUGUUUUAUACUACAUUUAUAGUUCAUGCGAAAAAGAAUGAUUUGUUCGAUCCACGAAUCGUUGGUGGUGACGAGUGCGAGUACGAAAAGUACCCAUUCGCAGUCGCAAUUUUCACUAACUUGGUGUGCGGAGGCGUCAUAAUUUCCAAACGGUGGGUCUUAACAGCGGCCCACUGCAUCAAUUUUCAAUACAUCCGCAGUGGCAGAACCCUGUUAAGGACUGGUUUCAACUAUGAUCAACAUUUUGUUCAAAUAAGAUUCGCCGUGAAAGCAAUCUGUCACAAAAACUUUAACAUAUAUCGUAUGGGAGAUAUUGAGCAGCCUGAACUGCGCUACGAUAUCGCACUUAUCCUAAAUAACAAACCCUUUGACGAAACCAGGUAUCUAAAAAGGGCUUUUCUCCCUGAACCAGGAUUUACUAACAAAUGCGCCGAAGCGACAGCGGUAGGUGUCGGAUAUCGUUCAGAAGUAUUCUAUUUCCAAAGAUCCGAAAAUCUCGCAGCAUUGACAAGAGACCCAUUAGAAACCGAGUAUAACAGGACGUUACAGUGUGUGGAAUUACCGAUUAUUGAUACGGAAACUUGUAAAGAAACUUGGCCGACUUCGGUACUGGACUCGACAGUUAUUUGCACAAGAGUAGAGGAAGGUGGACGAGACGCUUGUUCCGGCGAUUCUGGAGGAGGAUUGUUUUAUGAAAACACGGUCAUAGGAAUUAUUUCAGCAGGUCGUGGGUGUGCUAUGCCUAAACUGGCUGCUACGUAUAGUAAAGUCGAAUCGUAUUUAGAUUUCAUAAAGGAAACUAUGCAGAACAACGCUGCCAGUCAACCUUCCGUUACGCUACUAGGCACCCAGCCGCCAUGCCUUUUCAAGUCCGUAAAAUCACUACCCGCGUCGCCUAAUAAUGUGUCCGAGGAACGCCCGUAA